AAUCUGUCACUAUAGCCUGCGCAUUCGCAUCCGGGCAUCCGGCAUCCCACCCCACCCACCUCCUUCCUCUUCCCGCCCGCUAAAACCCACGCCACCGCCGCGCGCCGCCGGCAGCGCAAGGGACGCACGAUGGCCAUGCAGGUGGUGCGCAACCUCGACCUGGAGCGGUACGCGGGGCGGUGGUACGAGAUCGCGUGCUUCCCGUCCCGGUUCCAGCCCAAGACGGGCACCAACACGCGCGCCACCUACACGCUGAACCCGGACGGCACUGUGAAGGUGGUGAACGAGACGUGGGCCGACGGGCGCCGCGGCCACAUCGAGGGCACGGCCUGGCGCGCCGACCCUGCCAGCGACGAGGCCAAGCUCAAGGUUCGCUUCUACGUGCCGCCCUUCCUCCCCCUCAUCCCCGUCACCGGCGACUACUGGGUGCUCCACAUCGACGCCGACUACCAGUACGCGCUCGUCGGGCAGCCCUCCAGGAACUACCUCUGGAUCCUUUGCAGGCAGCCUCACAUGGACGAGUCCGUGUACAAGGAACUGGUGGAGCGUGCCAAGGAGGAAGGGUACGACGUGUCGAAGCUCCGCAAGACGGCGCACCCUGACCCGCCGCCGGAGAGCGAGCAGAGCCCCAGGGACGGCGGGAUGUGGUGGGUCAAGUCCAUCUUUGGCAAGUAGCCUUGUGGUGGUGGGUGGCAGCGCGGGUGCUGCCGUGCCGAGCAGGCGAGCGCACGCAAGAGAUGCCUGUGACCGUCGGUUCCGCGUGUACAUUCAGCACUAGCUGGGGAUUAAGUUGGUUCGUUGUUGCUGUCGCGAUCUGCAAAUGGCGAAAAGUGUGCUUGUUUCUUGCCCGUCUGUAUUGUAUCGAACUUUGAGCGAAUGUUUCAGUUUGCUGCAUCAUUUGUUUGUCA